AGACGUAUGACGUCAAGACGCGAUUGGUGUGGAACUGAUAGGGUUCUUUGCUGCUGGCGCCGAGUUUAAAGAGUCUCGGUUGAAGAAGUGCAAUAAUAGUAGGUCGUUAUUUGCAUUCAGAACUGAACCGGAGGAGAUGCCCUACAGCAGCAUGCCUCUGCAAGAUUUGCCCUGCCUCGGCCUUCAGGGCUCCGCGUUGUCUCAGUCCAGGAGGACAAACAAACGCAAGUCGAGGGGCAGCCUCAGCGAGGGCCUGGACACCGAAUGCACCACGACAGAGCUCAUCCAGCAGUGGUCACCCCGGCACAAGCACCAGCGUCUCAUCUGCAAGGGGAAAGAGAAUGAGGGCAGCCAAUUUGUCCUUGCCAGGAGAUCGAGGAGGAAGAAAGAAUGCACGUCAGGCAUUUCAUGGGACCACCUACCAGAUGAGCUGCUUCUCAGGAUCUUCUUCUGCUUGCCUCUGCAGGACCUUCUCAGGAUGUCCACAGUUUGCAAGCGCUGGUACCGCUUAGUGUUUGAUGAGUCACUGUGGCACAGUGUGGAUUUGGAGGGGAUGACUCACAUGGGUGCUGCUCUACAGCAGGUUCUGAAAACCGGGGUUCGCAGGCUGCGCUGUUCUCGCGCCUUCGUGGAAGAGCUGCACUUCACAGGAACAAGCCCACUGCAGAUAGUUCAGAUGGACCUGUCCAGUUCCAUCAUCCCCACCUCGGCUCUGGAGAGCAUCAUCUGCCACUGCAGGCAGUUGGAGUAUCUGAGCUUGGAGGGUCUGCAGCUCUCAGACACCAUCAUCAAUUCUCUGGCCAAGAACCCAAACCUGCUACAACUCAACUUGGGUGGUUGCUCUGGCUUCUCUGCUCCGGCUCUGGCUGACAUGCUCGCAUCCUGCUCCAGUAUAGAGCAGUUGAAUAUAUCAUGGUGUGAAUUCAGUAAUAAUCAUGUGAAGAAUGUUGUUAAUCACCUGAGUCCCAGUGUUACUCACCUCAACCUCAGUGGUUACAGAGAGAGCCUCACACUAGACGAUGUGAAGGUGCUGGUGGCGAGGUGUCCUCAUAUUCAAACUCUAGAUUUAAGUGACAGCACUCAGCUGAUGGCUGACAGCCUCCCUGUCCUGGCGCAACUCACGAAUCUGCAGCAUCUGUCCCUGAGUCGCUGCUAUCACAUUAACCCUGCUGCUCUCAGUGACCUAGGCAAGACACUCCCCCUGCUGUGCCUGCUGGAUGCUUUUGGCCUUGUACAUAGCUGCCACCUGAACUCUCUGAAGAAGGAGAUACCUCACAUCUGCGUCAACUCAAGGCCUUUCUCCAGCAUCGCCCGGCCCACACCUGCCAGCAGGCUCACUGGCUCCAUCAGCGACCACACCAUGUGGAACAAGACGUGUCGCCUGAGGUUCAAACUGUAACCACAGUGCCUCCCUCUCUGUUGCUGCUGUGGUAGAGCCAUGUUUCUGCUACAAUGUUUGUGUUGGUUGGCAUCAACAGUACUGAAGAUCACACGCUCUGGACCAUGCUGUUUUUUUUUUUGUUUUUUUUUUAAUGUAGGAAAGCAAGGUUAGGACAUUGAACCCUGUUCUUGUUGGAAUGUACUGCAUUAAUGCAAGCUUUGUACAUUUUAAAAUCAGUUUUUAUGUUCUAAUAAUGUGUUAAUUUAAAAUGUUAAUAUGGUUUUAAAGGUUCAGGUGAAAUGUUUUACUCCAUCUGAUGAAGACUAGGGGUAGGGACUGUUCCUCAGACAUUUUAAUGCCCAACGUGGUUAGUUCCUACCUCUAAUGAACAAUCAGAAAAGGUUUUAAUGUAAAAUGAUAUCUGGAUCUUGUCUCCAAAUUAGUGUAUGUGUGACUUCUCAUCAGCUGGACAGUUGCUUUUAUGAAGAUCUCAUUAUGUCUGUGCAUGUACCGUUUGCCCAGUGCUGUAGAUUACUGUUUCAAUCCAAUGUUACACAGACUGUUGACAACAAAAACAUUCCAGUUCAGUCUUAAGUCAACCACUAAAUACACAUUAUGUCCCAGUUUGUUUCAGUGGGUGUUACUUGGCUUUUAAGAGUUAGUGAUUAAGCCUGAAAUGUCACUUGUCCCUGGAGGUAAGCUCAACUCAACUUACUGUUACAAGUGUGUAACUUCAUGUAUACGUUUAUUAUUGAAAUCAGUUACAGGUGCUGUACUGGACUACAUUAUAUU